GGAGUGCGUCCAAUCAGCAUCCCUUCUGCACGACCUGUUCCCGUUCCUCCCGCCCUGCCGGCCUCGCGGGCGCUCAGCUUCUUUGUGACUGGUGCUCGCAGAGGUCACUCAGCGCGCGGUGUGGGAUCGGCGGGCGGGGCUGGCUCAGGUGCCCAGGCACGGGACGGACGCGGUGGGCGAGGGGGCGGUCGCGUCGCGACGUCGGCGGCGUGAGGCUUCGCGCGUGAGCGGCGCGGGCGCCGGGCCUGGCUGCCAAGCUCCGGUGGCGGGCGCGCAGGUCGUUGACGCGGGCCCGGGCGGGGGCGCGUCCGUCGCUGAGCGCGGCGUCGAGGUUCUCGGACGAUGGAGGACCCGCAGCCGCUGCCACAGCCGGAGCUGCCGCUGUGUGACAGCCUCAUCAUCUGGCUGCAGACAUUCAAGAUUGCCUCACCCUGUCAAGAUGUCAAACAGCUGACUAAUGGAGUGGCCAUGGCACAAGUUCUUCAUCAAAUUGAUGUAGCCUGGUUCAAUGAAACUUGGUUAAGCCGAAUUAAAGAUGAUGUUGGAGACAACUGGAGAAUAAAGGCUAGUAACUUAAAGAAGGUCCUCCAUGGAAUUACAAGUUAUUAUCAUGAGUUUUUGGGGCAGCAGAUUUCUGAAGAACUUAUCCCUGAUUUAAACCAAAUAACUGAAUGUUCAAACCCCGUGGAGCUUGGAAGGUUGCUUCAGCUUAUCCUAGGCUGUGCAGUCAACUGUGAAAGGAAGCAAGAGCAUAUUAAAACUAUAAUGACCCUGGAAGAAUCUGUUCAGCAUGUGGUUAUGACUGCAAUUCAGGAGUUGAUGAGUAAAGAAAUAGUGAGCUCCCCUGCAAGUGACACAGUUGGAGAAUUAGAGCAGCAGCUUAAAAGGGCUUUAGAAGAGCUUCAGGAAGCCAUAGCAGAAAAGGAAGAGCUGAAGCAGAGGUGCCAGGAACUGGACAUGCAGGUGACUGCACUUCAGGAUGAGAAGAAUUCACUGGUUUCUGAGAAUGAGAUGAUGAAUGAAAAGCUUGACCAGUUGGAUGGCUCUUUUGAUGAUCCAAAUACAAUGGUUGCGAAAAAGUAUUUUCACGCACAGUUACAACUAGAACAAUUACAAGAAGAAAACUACAGGCUUGAAGCUGCAAAGGAUGAUUACCGUGUUCAUUGUGAGGAGCUUGAAAAACAGCUGAUUGAAUUUCAGCACAGAAACGAUGAGCUGACGAGCCUUGCUGAGGAAACCAGAGCCCUGAAAGAUGAGAUAGAUGUCCUUAGGACUACCUCAGACAAAGCAAAUAAACUGGAGUCGACUGUGGAGGUGUAUCGUCAGAAGCUACAAGACCUAAAUGACCUCCGCAAGCAGGUGAAAUCUUUACAGGAGACAAAUAUGAUGUAUAUGCACAACACUGUAAGCUUGGAAGAGGAGCUGAAGAAAGCCAACGCAGCACGUGCACAGCUAGAGACCUACAAGCGCCAGGUUCAGGACCUUCACACUAAGCUUUCCUCUGAGUCUAAAAGGGCAGAUACACUAGCAUUUGAGAUGAAGCGGCUUGAAGAAAAACAUGAGGCUUUACUCAAGGAAAAAGAGCGACUGAUAGAACAGCGUGACACUCUGAAAGAGACAAAUGAGGAGCUACGGUGCUCACAGGCACAGCAAGAUCACCUAAACCAAGCUGAUGCAUCUGCUACAAAAAGUUAUGAGAACCUUGCUGCUGAGAUCAUGCCAGUGGAAUACAGAGAGGUGUUCAUUCGACUGCAGCAUGAAAACAAAAUGCUUCGCCUGCAGCAGGAAGGGACAGAGAAUGAACGGAUUGAGCAACUGCAGGAGCAGCUAGAGCAGAAGCACCGCAAGAUGAAUGAGCUGGAAACUGAGCAAAGGUUGAGCAAAGAGCGCAUCAGAGAAUUGCAACAGCAAAUUGAGGACCUCCAGAAGUCGUUACAAGAUCAGGGCUCCAAGACUGAAGGCGAAACUUCCAGCAAACUAAAGCAGAAGUUGGAAGCUCAUAUGGAAAAACUAACAGAAGUCCAUGAAGAAUUACAGAAGAAACAGGAGCUCAUUGAAGACCUUCAGCCAGAUAUAAGUCAGAACGUCCAAAAGAUCACUGAACUUGAAGCUGCUCUUCAGAAGAAAGACGAAGACAUGAAAGCAAUGGAGGAACGAUAUAAAAUGUACUUAGAGAAAGCUAGAAAUGUAAUAAAAACUUUAGAUCCGAAAUUAAAUCCAGCAUCAGCCGAAAUAAUGUUACUCAGAAAGCAGCUGGCAGAGAAAGAGAGAAGAAUUGAGAUUCUAGAGAGUGAAUGUAAAGUAGCAAAAUUCCGCGAUUACGAGGAAAAACUCAUUGUUUCUGCCUGGUAUAACAAGAGCCUGGCAUUUCAGAAACUUGGCAUGGAAUCUCGGCUUGUGAGUGGCACUGGCGCUUGCAAAGAUACCUGUGCGGGUGCUCCUGCGCGGUCAUUCCUAGCCCAACAGCGACAUAUCACCAACACCCGCAGAAACCUCUCCGUGAAAGUCCCAGCCGCAGCAUCGGACUAACCUGCAAAACAAACAUGAACAGAAGUGCCUCAAAAGGUUUUGUACCCCAAGAAACUACGAGAUGGAAAACAAAGGUUAAGAUGCUUGAUAGCAGCUAGUUUUGUUUGGAUUUUGUUUUGAGAUCAGGUCUCCUAUACCCCAAACUGGCAGUGAAUUUACAGUGUAUUCAAGGAUGACCUUGAUUAUCUGAUCAGUCCUUCCCUCACUUCCUGCAUGCUGGGAUUAAUAGUUGUGUACCACCAUAUUGAGUUUAUAUAGUACUGGGGAUCAAAACCUAGCACACAAGUCUAGCUGUCUACCAGUGAACUACAUUCCCAACUUUGGUAUCAAAAUUUAUCAAAAUAACAUUUAAGUAUUCUCUGAAAACAAAAUACAGAAUCAACUCUGUCUCUGGGCAGCACUUUUGAGUAGUAGGAAGUAUGGUAAAGUAAAUAUUUGUCUUGAGAUGACAUCAUGUGUGGGAAAGCAACUGCAUAUUCCAGCUUUAUGCUUUUGGCUGUGGCCGCAAGUUAAUUAGGUUGCAAAAAGUAAUAUAUCUAGAUUUGCUUAAUGGGAAAAGUCUCUAGUAAGGCAUGUAGAAAACAAAUGUGCAAGGUAAAUCCUUUGGCCUGGUGUGUGCAAAGAUUUCCUUUACUUGCUAGCUCUACCCUAAGGAGGAUACUGUGUCAUGCUGAGGAAGCUAUAAUGCUUGGAAGACUUUACUGUUGGAGUGACUUUGUCCUCUAAAAGUGACUGGCUGGACACUUGCAGUUUCUCUGAGUCGCAUCUCAGUUUGUACAUUAACUGCUAUAAUUGAAGAUUUUGGAGGGCUUGACUGAGAUGUCAGGUGGGAAAUGAACUGGUAAUUGUAAGAGGUACCAUUCUGUUGGAAAGCAAACUAGAAGGAUACAUGUUGAAGUAUCCACAUGCCGUUAAACAUGAAAUUGUUGUGGCCUUUGCUUUCUAAGAAGGGGUAUAUCAUGUAUAAUUUUGCCUCAUUAUUGAAAAGAAAUAAUGAUGAAUCAGCUUAGAACCAGUUCUGUCUCUGCUUACCUCUAAGAAGUUUCUGGAGCUGGAUUUGUGGCAUUCAGUUCAUUUCUGCCCAGAAUUAUUCUUUUCAGAGAUGUUACUUUCUAAUUUGGGGUCACUUUUUAAAGUCACAGCUUUGGAAUAUUGGUUGUUAAAUCAGUAUUGCUUGAUGUAGCUACAACUGGUUCAUUCUUGUGUCAAGACAGAUUUCCAUCCUUAGUAACCACGUUUCCAACUCUUUGAUCCUUAGACUUACGAAGUAAGUGUUGCAUCCAUUUUAUAUCUAGAGAGGAAUCAGAUAGUGACAAGAGGACAGCAAACACAAACGUUGCAGCAUUGUGUAUACCCUGAACAUUAGCAGACAUUCUGUGAGGUGUGUGCUUGUGGCCUGCAUGAUCCUUGUUGGAUCAGCUCCUCACCUCUCCCCUCCUAGCAUGAAAGAAGGGAUGCUGAUAUGUAAACGAAAUUGGUGUAAGCCACAGUGAGCUGGCAGGCUGUAGAGCUGAGGUCUACAUUUUAUUCUUAGUACUUCAUAAAUACGAGUAUUGUUCUAUUUGAAGUGUUAACUCAUGUAGAUAACUGCAAAUCCUUGCCCAGUAAUUAUUUAACCACUUAAAAAUACAAGAAUUUCACAGUUAUUGGGGUCUUUGAGAUUAGUGGCAUCUGCUGGGAUAUUUUGUUUUAUCAGGGUUGUUUCUGUUGACUACCUCUUAGAUUUUGAUGCUUUGUGCAUUUACACUGUAGGUUUUCAUUUUUGUAUCUUCUUAUGGUGUCUGCUUGCCUGUGUCUUUUAAUGAAAUAAGCUUUGAAAAUACUUUAGCAUGCUGUUUAAAAUUUUCUAAAAAUUGUGGCAUUUGGGUAUAUUUUUGUUAAUGAAAAUAUUGAUGUUAGUGUUUGUAUUUGCUUAUAAUUGAGAUUCUUACAAGUUCACUUUUAAAGGAACUUACUGUAAAAGAUCAACUUCAAUAAAUUAAUGUUUUCAGUGCAAUUGCUCAUAAAUUUCUAGAUAAUGUAGUAUAAAUAAGGACAUAAGGAUAGCUUCUUUUUUUCUUAAGAAAAGGCAAAUUUUCUGAUUUUUCUAGUUUUAAGUAGAAUUUCAAAUGUUUGAUACAUGUUUAUAUAAAACUAUGUAAAGUUCUAUAUGAUGGAGACUAAUCACAGAAAUUCAGGCAGUGAUCAAGGCAAGAUUCUUUCCAUGUAUUGUUUAUGCAAUGAGACCAGUGCCCUGCCAGAUACAAAACAUAAUGUGUUUGAUCGGGAACCAUAAUUUUUUACAGAUGUGUUGCAAGGGAGGAUUGGAUGCACAAACAUGGAAUUGACAAAAAUUGUAUGUCCCAGUGAUUAUAACGCUAGACACAAUCUUGAAUUUCAAGCAGUUGUCCUGGAACUGAUAGUCCUUUUCUUUUGGGAUAUAAUUAUGACAAAUUUUUUAUCUUGGGAUUAACUUAAUGAAUUGAGAAAUAUUUGAAGUUUAUUCUAUUUUUUCAAUGAUUAAGACUAAUGAUUUAGUGUAAGUUAAAAAUGUCUUGCCUAGCACCCUUUAGCUGAGCAUCCCUUAGUAAAAUAAGGUUGGUCAUUGAUGACUGGAUGUUAAGCACUUCACAGAAUCACACCUACUUCUGUGUAACAGUACAUCUGGCCUUUGGCAGUGAUGGUGGCAGUGAUAGGCCAGGGUAGUGUCUUUUUGUAUAAAAAUGAAAGUACAUGGUGUGUUAUUCAUACAGUCUUAUUGUGACCCUGUUUGUUGCACAGAAAUAGUUUGGAAAUUUAUAAAGCACAAAUUAUCAGAGGAAAUAGUGUGUAGUUAUUAAACUUGAGUAAGUUUCAGUGCAGUGUUUAGUCUAUAAAAAGGUCCUUUCUAUUUUCUAUGGCGAAUAUUGUCACACUUGAAAAAUAGAAGCAAUACUUGAUUUAUUUUUGUAAGUAUUUAGAAUAUUAUUUUAAAUAAAUAAUUGUCAAUAUUAUUGUGAAAUGUUUUAAGUAAAUAAACUUCUGCUUCUGUA